AUGUCUACUUCAAAUACAGGGAAUGUGCUAGUUUCAAUACCAACCUCAAGAAUGCCAACACCAUCACCACCACCACCACCAUCACCCUCAUCAUAUUCUUCCACCACCACCUCCUCCUCCUCCUCUUCGUCAUCAUUUCCACUGGAGGCUUCCCACGGAGAUAAUACCAACACCAGCUCUACUACAGCUUCAACCACAGCAGAAUACAAUAUCAGCCACCAAACAAUACCUCAUCCGGGCUACUACUCAAACGACCAGUCUACUCCGAUAGAAAGUAUUAAAGUCAUAGACAAACAAAGUCUACAAUAUGUCAUUUUACUGGGGAUAGCAGGCGGAGUUGCCGGCUCUUGUGCAAAGACGCUAGUUGCCCCCUUGGACCGAAUAAAGAUUCUUUUCCAAACAUCAAACCCUGAAUUUAUCAAAUAUAGAGGCACUUUUCGCGGUCUUAUAGACGCAGGCAAAAGGAUAUGGAAGAGCGAUGGUGUAUGGGGACUAUACCAAGGUCAUUCGAUUACAUUAUUACGUAUAUUCCCAUACGCAGCGAUCAAGUUUGUUGCAUACGAGCAAAUAAGACAGAUUCUCAUUCCAAAUGACUUGUACGAGACGGCCGGAAGAAGAUUUAUGUCGGGUUCCUUAUCUGGUUUAGCGUCUGUGUUUUUAACAUAUCCUUUAGAUUUGAUUCGAGUGAGAUUGGCGUACGAGACAAGGAACCUUCUGCACCCCAGAGCACACCUGGGUCACUCACAAUUUUCAAAGCACCACAAGGGUAGAAUAUAUGAUACCAUUAAACUCAUUUUCAACGAAAACCCGCCUAUUAGGUCUAAUGAUCCCGAAUGGUAUAGAGUUACAAGACACAUCUUGCCUCGAGGCAUUCAGAAAAUCAGUAACUUUUAUCGAGGUUUUGCACCGACAAUAAUGGGGAUGAUCCCGUAUGCUGGUGUGAGCUUUUACACACAUGAUUUAUUGCACGAUAUCUUGAGAUCAAAAUGGUUGAGUAAAUAUACAGUGCAACCAAAGUCGAAAAAAAGUAGUGAAGAUAUAUACAAAAAGACAAAGUCUACUAGAGAAUCGAGAGCGCCGCUCAAGGCAUAUGCUCAGUUGGCUGCUGGUGGCUUGGCCGGAUUAUGUUCACAAACUGCAGCAUACCCAUUUGAAGUUAUUAGGAGAAGGAUGCAGGUUGGCGGUGCAGUGAAUGGUGGCAAUUUUCUUAGCUUUAGAAAGACAGCACUGUUGAUAUACAAAGAGAGUGGAUUCCGUGGCUUCUUUGUUGGAUUGAGUAUCGGAUACAUGAAGGUGGUGCCCAUGGUUGCAUGUUCCUUUUUUGUUUAUGAGCGUAUGAAAAAGUUCUUGGGAAUUUAA